AGACUCGUCUUCUUCAUUCAUCAUCACACACCAAUUCCCUUUGCACUUUCUAAUCAUAUCUACCCUCCAAUGCAUCGAUUCACAUGCGGAUGAGACGACAUACCGCCAGUAAUCAAAGCAACGACGAGAAGACCGACGACGACGACCAUCCGAAUAUUUCAUCAAGAAAAGCGAGAAGGCGAAGAAGUAAUCGACGACGUUCACGUCGCACGGCGACUGACGUCGUCGACGUCGCUGAAAACGUAGAACAAGUAGAAUAUCUAGAAGUUCUAGACGAUCUAGAAGAAUUAAACAAACAUGUUGAAUCCAAUGUAUAUGAAUCAUCGAGCAUCGACCCCAAAUCCUCAAGUAUCAUAUCAACCAUCCACAUCGUCGUUUCAACGUCAUCAUCGUCCAUCUUCACCAGGAAUUUCAUUAGGACCACCUUCAUCCCCACCUUCUCUGUAUAAUUUACAACAAAUUGCGUCGGCAACCGGAGUAGAUCAACAAAAUAAUGACGUCGAAGAACUGAGUGCGGAACGGCUGAAUCUCUACUUGGACAAAGAGGAAGGUGAAAUCGAAAAUUUAGAAGAAGAGAUCGACGAAACAACAGAAAAGAAAUGGUGGUUAAGGACAAAAAGGUGGUUUCGAUUGGCAUUACCUCACUUCGGGCUUGUCCUUUUGUCGAUUGGGUACACACUUAUAGGAGCGUUAUGUUUUCACCAUUAUGAGAAACCUUACGAACAACAACUUCGAAACGAAACAUCUCGAAGGAUAGGAGAACUGAAAAAUCGAGUAAUGGAUCAGUUAUGGAGAAUGAGUAAUAACGGGACAGCAUAUUCCACGUGGAGACAAACUGCAAACGAUGGAAUGGAUGAACUGAUACGAGAUGUGUUUUGGGAUUAUACGAGGAAUUAUAUGACACCAGACGAUGUAAUCUACGGUGAUGGUCCAAUUAAAUGGUCGUUUAUGUCGAGCAUAUUUUUCUCAUGGACUGCUAUAACGACAAUAGGAUAUGGUCACAUCGUUCCUCGAACCGAUGAAGGACGUGUUGCAAUCAUUUUCUACGCACUUCUUGGUAUUCCACUCAUCCUUGUCACAAUAGCUGAUAUCGGACGAUUUCUUGCCACUUAUAUUAUAAAAUUACAUCACGGUUACAUGGCAGUCAUGUCGUUUGUCACAAAUUCCUGCUUGAAAUGCAUCAAAUGGGCUUGUUGCUGGAUUCGAUUACCACGAAGGCAUAUUCCAAUGCCAACAUUGGAAUUAUUACAAAGAACACAGAAGUUAUAUCCAAACAACAAUAAUCCUACAGUGGCAGCCACCGCUGCAAGUGCUGGAGGUGGUACCGGUAGAAGGAAAAAGCAGCAAAGAGACAAUGUCAGUGAUGCUGGCACUUUUGAUAAUAUCAGUGAAAUCAACGAUGGUAGUGAAGGUGGUGAGAAUGAGAAUGAAGGAGAGGAAGAAGAGCAAAUUCAGUUUGAUCCAUCAAAUCACGAGAAACGAGUUUCAGUUCUAUUUAUUCUACUUAUCAUGCUGGGUUACGUUGCGGGUGGUGCCUAUAUAGUUCGUUGGUGGGAGGAAUGGACAUUCUUCGAAGCAUUUUAUUUUUGUUUUGUUACGGUUACAACAAUCGGGUUUGGUGACAUUGUACCUGCAAAUGUUGAUUGGCUUCCAGCAACACUUGCAUAUAUUGUCUUUGGACUCAUAAUCACAACUAUGUGCAUUGACUUGGUCGGAAGUGAAUAUAUCCGAGAUAUUCAUUUUUACGGACGAAGUCUUGGUCGUCAAUUCAUGACAAUUGGUGGAAAAGUGGUACAUCUUGGAGAAGUAUUUGGAUACGUGGCAUUCCUUCAAAAGAAUUAUGGAUUGACUGCUGAGCAACUUACAAAAUUAUCUCAAUUACCAGAAGAAUAUCUAUUAGAUUGUCUGAUAAAUGGAAGACAGCCUGAUUUGAAUUGGAUUGGAGGACGACCAUAUGUACCACCAGAUAUAUAUUAUUUCAAAUGGAUUGAACAUCCAAGGACACUUUCAUUUGCAUCUGAUCGAGUUUUGCAGAGUAUGGAGAGUCUUGAUUUGAAUACUAGCAGAUGCUCCACCGCUCGAACAUUGACACCUCGAGAAUAUUAUCAGAAGAUUCUUUUCCAGUACUGUAAACAACUUCAACCGGAAGAACCUAUUGCUGACAUCGACAAUUAAUAUUACUGGUCAUUUUAUAGUUCUCUUAAUCCAUGGAGUCUUUCAACCUAACAUCCAGUUUCUAGGAUUAUGUUUUUUUACUGUUUCCCAUCAUGCUUUCCCCAGUUUCCAUAAAGCCUUGAACAACUUCCCACAAAAUUAUCGAACUUAGAAUCGAAAUUCUUCAGAUUCCUCUUACAUAUCCUCGUUUUUCUUAUCCUAAAUUAUUUAUUUAUUUUAGGUUUUUUACAUUAAAAAUAAAAUUUCAACAGUUUUUUAUCAACCCCGUCUUUUCAAAUUGACCAACCCCUUGACUUCUUUCCAAAUGUGAUUUUUUCGAUGACUUCGAGUCAGGCUCAUCUUAUGUAUUCGAUUUUUUCAAAAAAAUAAAAUUUGUAAUUUACUGAA